UUUUUGAUUAAUUUUCUUACUCAAUAGACUAUCAACUACCAAGACAGAUCUGAAUAGCUAAUACGUAUUCACAGAUAGUUAGUCAAAUUGUAUAAUAGCUCUAUCAUUUCGUGUUUUGCUGUUGUUUUUCUUUUUUAUUGAUUCAUUUUUUGGAUUUUUAUGCCGCCCCAAAAAUGAUCUCUAGUAUUCACAGAUAGUUUAUCAAACAUUAAUCAAAUAAAAAUAUUAUUCAUUCAAUUUUUGGAUUUUGAUCCCCCACCCAAAAAUGAUCUCUACUUAUCGAAAUAACGGAUCUGCAGUUGGCGGUGUAUCGGGUGUGUUUCUUCGAGAGUUCAAAAACAACUUCAUGCUGAACAGUACAACUAUAACAGGAAAAGAGGCGUGUGAACAAAUUGUCAAGCCAAGAACUAAGGAGAAGGAGUGCAGCUUCAUGGAUCUGUUUUGGGGGAGGGUGGACGCGAGGGGCAUUGAGUACGUGGGGGAGGCCCAGUUCCGAGUCUGCUUCGCCUGGAACAGCAAUUUCAACGACACCCUACAACUUCUGCUGGACCACGCAGAGAAAGAACUGGGAAGGUGUUACUAUUGGAUGGAUAUCUUCUGUGAAAACUACCACGACGAAGAAACGACCAGCCCCCCUAAUGUACAGAGAUGGCUGAAGAAGAAAGUCACUGCCGAAAUCAAACAAGCGGACAACCUUCUGCUGCUGUUACCCGAUCUGAAGAAACCGCUCGCUCUCAGAAGAUCGUGGUGUGUAUUUGAAAUUGCAACCUGUCUAAAACUUGGAGGUGAAGUCACGAUUCUCUCGAAGCCUCAACAAAAUGAUCAGCUGGUGUACGCCUUAGUCGACAACGGGGGAGAUUUUGACGACACUUUCAAAGGGUUCUCGUUCCGUGGCGACUUGAUGGAGGACUCGGAUGUGAGCUACUCGGAUGUUCUGCGCGUGAUGGUGGAGAAACAGUUCGGGUUCGAGUGGGUCAGCGAACAACUGCUGGAGAAAACCAAAAAGUGGAUCAUCCGCAUAUUCAAGAGGGAGUGUGAUGUUCUUCUGGAAAGCAAGUACCAGAAAGAGCUGGGAUACAGACUGGCCACGUCUCUGGCCGAAUACCUCACCAAAUUUGGAGAUUUGGCCAAUGGGGAGCGUCUUCUGAACAGGGCUUUGAGGAUAGGCGACAAACUGUGGCCCAACCAGCUAGAGUUCCCGUUCAAACUCAAAAACAUGCUUGGAAAGGGAGUCAUAAGGCGAGACUUGGAGGACUUCGGGGGCGCCUCCGAGUUGUUUGACGACGUCCAGGAACUCCAGGACAAACUCGGAGUUCCUCUGAAUGACAUCAAACGAACCGAGGUCGGAUUAGAGCAGGCAAUUCUACUCAGACUAACCGGAAUGCUUGCCGACGCUCUCGAACUCUUACAUCGAAUCAUUGAAAUCCGAGAAUCAAUGCUCGGGUUAGAUUCAAUUGAAAACGCACGUUUCGUCACUGAGCUCGGGAACUGUUUCUUUCACACCGAAGAUUAUGACUCGGCGAUUGAAGCUUACAAGAAAGCGAGUGCUUUACUCGAAUCAGAGGAAAGUGGAAACAUUCUAACAAUAUCAGCGCUCAGUUCUAAACUUGGUCGGAUUUACUACUUAAAGAAAGAGUAUUUGGCUAGUAUCGCUUUCUACGAAAGAGCAAUGCUUCUCACCAUUUCAGUCGAGGAACCGCCUCAGAAACAAAUCGAUAACAUCCAAAGUGCGCUUAAUGAGUCCAAAUUCAAAUUGAAAAUUCAGUUGGCAAAAGAAGAACACGCGAAAAAAGUUGCCGAGAAGGAAAGAAAGAAAGCAGAAAAAGCGCAACUGAGGCUGGAAAAAUUGACGGCUAGUUUGCAACGGAACGAAACAGAACUAUCUGUUAACUGACUAAGCUGCUUAAUUGGUAAAACUCAAAAAACUUGACGAGGAAAAACUUUGAGGCAUUUACCAAUCUGAUAAAAGACUGUAGUUUUAAUUUUCGAAUUGCGUGAUUGUACCAAUUAUUGGAAAAAGCUAUUUCACUUAAAUCUUCAAAAACUCUAUAUUCAAAAAAAAAAAUUAUGAUCUCUAAAA